CACGCAGGUGGGAUGCGGGCCAUCGGUGGCCACGCCGCAAACAUUAUAUCUAAUGCCCUGGGUUGACAGUCGUGACCAUGCUGUUUAACACAACAAGAACCAACUCCUAGCCAAUUUGAGCCAACUCGCCUCUGAGAUUUCCAAACAGCGUUCCAUCCCGCCAUUCAUCUCUGACACCACCUCAAAUUCAAAAUGUCAUCCUUCCUUAAAGGCCUCGCCGAGAAGUUCGACGACCUCAACGUCGGAUCCGAUCGCCGCAAGGAUGACGAGUCCGGCUAUUCAGGCCAGCGGGGCUAUGAUGACCACGCCGGCUACCCGGGCGGCGCUGGGCCUUCGCACUCGGGUCAGUACUCAUCACCUCCGCCACCGCCCCAACAAUACGGUGGAGGUCAAUACCCGCCCCCACAGCAAGGUUAUGGUCAAUAUUCGACUCCACCACCGGGACAGUACUCGUCUCCUCCACCGCCUGGGCAGUACUCGUCUCCGCCGCCACCUGGACCGCGACCAGAGUAUGGCAGCAAUCAGAGUCUCGGCCCGCCUGCUGUGCCAGCUUACUCACCACCGCCAGGAAAACCACCAAUUCCUGCAGGUUGGAUCCCACAGUACGACCACCAGUACCAGCGAUGGUACUACGUAGAGGAAGCUACGCGCCGCUCGCAGUGGGAAGCCCCAGUGUACGAUGCCCAUAUCGGUGCGCCUGGUGGUGAGAACCGUGGUCAUGAAUCUGAGACUGGGUAUGCAUCGCAUGGAGGUGGCGAGUAUGGCCACGGCAAUGGAGGUUAUGGUGGCCACAGUGAUGGCGGCUACGGAAGCCACGGCGGCGGCGACCAUGGUGGCCACUACCAGGGAAACCCGUAUGGAGGGGGUCAUGGGGAAUCCGAACAUACAGAGAAGAAAAAGAAUAGUAGCAGUGGCAUGCUCCUCGGUGCGGCUGGUGGUAUCGCUCUCGGCGCCGUCGGGGGUGCACUAAUUGCCGAUGCGCUAGAUGAUUCCGACGAUGAGCACCAUCCCGCCGCAGUGCCUCUCUAUGCAGCUGCACCGUCUGACGUCGCCCCUGUCUAUGAUACUGGCGUUCCCCAAUACGACGUGGAGGGCGACCGGGUGUCCGAAAGCGACCGCGAGUCCGUCGCUUCCGCGCGCGAGGACUACGAGAAAGCUGCGGCCGAGGCCGCGGACUCGGAUGCAAGCAGUAGCGACCAGGAGGAGCUUGAAGAAGCUAGAGAGGAAUAUGAAGAAGAGUACGAGGAGGCCUAUUACGACGACUAGGACUGGAUUGCCCGCAUGCACAACACGGCAAGUCAGCGGAGAAGGUUAGACGUAUGAGACAAGUACACAAGAUAUAACCCGGAUCUAGGUUAAGUACAGGAAUACUUAGGACAGAUGCUGAGGAAA